AUUGCUUUUUUUGCGUCUUCAAACUGCUUUUUUUUGCGUCUUCAAACUUCAAAUAGCGUCCUUGUGUGAAGAAUAGGUGGUUAAAAACAAAGGGGAGAAAGAGAAACUGCCCAUGGGAACUACCGCUCCCGACGUGCCUUGCGAGAGAGCCAAACUCUUUGAAUUGGGACGAGUGACCCGGAUGCUGAGAGGCCCGGGACCACAGCUCCCGGCAUGCUCCGCGGGAAAGGGGAAAGAACUACGACUCCCGGCAUGCCUCUGUGCGACUGCGCCGACCAGACGCCAGUCUGGGGAUUCCCCCGGCCGAUGAAAUUCCCCCGCUGAGGCAGGAGCGACGGCGGGGCAGCGGGUCGCUCUGCCCGGACUCUCCCUAUGGCCCUGCGGCCCUCCAGGCCUUUCCUGUAGGCUCUCUCCCCCGCCAUGGCCUCCGAAGCUGCUGCUCAGGGCGGCCCGCGGGAGCCCAAGCGGGUGGAAGGCGACGACUGGUGCGACAGCGGCCUGGGCUCCCUCAGCGAGGCCCAGCUGGGCCAGAUCCAGGGGGACGCGGGCCUGGUGGGCCCUGGCGAGGGGGAGGAGGGGCCUGGGCGCCGGGCCCUGACCCCUGACCCCGGCCCCUCGGGCCCCACCGGCCCUCAGAAGGCGCUCUCGGAGGAAGAGGAGGAUGACCUGGAGCGGCUGGACUCUGCCCUCGGGGACUCCCUGAGGGGAGACGAGGACGUGGGCACCAUCGUGGACGGCGUGGGGGCUGUGCGCCUGGAGAACGGGGCCUCGGCGGUGGUGGCCCCCGAGGCCUGGCUGCACCACGUGCUGGGCUUCGUCACCGAGGACGGGGACACAGCUCUCCACUUGGCCGUCAUCCACGAGCACGAGGCCUUUCUGGAUUCCAUCCUGCAGUACACCCAAGGGACGGAUUACCUGGAUAUUCAGAAUGACCUUGGACAGACAGCACUUCACAUCGCGGUCAUCCUGGGGGCUGCCGAUUUUGUGGGCAAGCUCGUGUCGGCGGGAGCCGGUCUCUGCGUGCAGGAAAAGGGCGGCCACACCGCUUUGCACUUGGCGUGCCGAGAAGGGCAGCGGGAGUGCGUGCAGGUCCUCCUGGCGCCGCAUGUUGCGCAAAGGCCCUGCGAAGGCAGCGGCUUUCGGGCCCAACUGGACUGCACCAAUUUCGAUGGUUACACGCCCCUGCAUGUUGCCGUCUUGCGGAAAGACUUGGACGUGGUCAGUCUCUUAAUCUCCGGGGGAGCUGAUCUCAACAAACCGGAGCUGAGCUGUGGGCGGAGUCCUCUUCACCUGGCAGUGGAGUCUCAGAACCCAGAGGUGGUGGAGUGCCUGCUGCGCGCUGGAGCGGACCCGGAGUCCCGCAUGUAUGUUGGCUACACCCCCAUGUACAGCGCCUUGCACCGGCCCGACCAAAAGAUCCCCCAGCUCUUGCGGGAGUUUGGCUCAGAGGAGCCAGACUGGGACUCGGAGGAGAGUUUGGACAGCAACAGCGAGGAGGAAUAUGAUGACAUCGUGAUCAACCGCGGGCAUUAGAAGACCAGGCAAGGGGUCCACUUCAUCUCCCAGGCUGUGUUCCGUUAACCAUGCCUCCGCCUCUGGCAGCCAGCUGUGGUUUCUGUAGCAACUGCAUUCUUCACUGUGAGCUAGAUCUGACUUAUUUAUAGGAGCUGAGGAAGGGGCUGGGGAGGGAGCUGCGUCGUCCGCCGAAGAGAGCGCUCCCUUAGCUCCAUUCCAAUUUACGCUCCAUUAUUGGUUUGUUUUCCUGUCUGUUCCCAAAGUUCUGAUGACUUCUGUUUUUUGUUUGAUGUCCGGAAUAAUAAUAAUAAAAAGGUUUGUAUUGGGGGCACCUGAUCAUAGCUGCUUUGGCAUCUCUGAAACGUGUACCCCGUAGGUUUGAAUUCUUCCCCGCUACCUCAAUCCCUGCUAGCUUGAGAGAUAGGAAUGAGCUAAACCAUAUCUUGGUGUCAUCAGACGCACAUCUGAGCUGGGUGGUGUGUGUGUCUGAUUCCAGACCCAAAAUCUGGAUGUUCUACAUUGCCUCGAGUUCUGUUUUAAAACACCUCUUUUGUUGUGUUUGGGGAUUUUUGGCAGGGUUUUGGCCCGGGUUAGGAUUCAACCACCCCCGGCUUAACCCACUAGAUCUUACAGUAGCGAUGACUCAAGAUUGAUAGGUGCAUAUAUAUGUAGACACACACACACACCUCUCCACCGUGAAACCUUUGCAGGAAAUACCUUCUCUCUGCAACCAAGCUUCCUUGUGAAUUUAUUUCUUUUUAGGUUCCCUGGUGUUCGUUUGCUCAAACCUCGCUUUUAUGGCUCUUCUCCUGCCUGUACAUUGAGCCUCGUUUAAGGUUGGGAAUGGGUUGGGCCAGAAGACAGGGGGUGAGAGUAGGAACAGAUUGUGGCAACUUCCCUUCCUCCCUCCCUCCCAGUAGAUGGACCAGGACUGUGCCUUUGCUAUAUGUGAAGGAGAGCGGCUCCAAUCAGGUGGUGCUUGUAUGUCCUUUGUCCCUCCUGCCACUGAGAAACCAGCCAAUCGCCUCCACUUCCAGGCUUACGACCACUUUCCCCUUCUCUUCAUCCUAAACAUGAACUGCUAUUGUUCCCUGAGCCAUCUUCUGCAGCCUGUAAGAGCCUCCCUGCGCCAGCUUAUCCAUUUGCCCCCCUUACCCCCUGCCCUCAAUUGCCCUCUUUAACCUCCCUCCCAAGGCUGCAGCUUGCGGGCAGCAAUCUUUCCCAUCCCUCUGCCCAGCCAAUGCCUUGAAUCAUCUCUGGGCAAGUGGGGAAGAUGUGGGCAGGCUGCCCGGGCCAUUGUGCUUUCCAGGAACUGGGUCACUAAGACCCAGGGACCCUGGAUUCCUUCCUCUUUCUGGGUUUACUGCUUCUGCCCGCGCUGUACUCCUGAUUCGUGCUAUUGCGCCACCACACCCUUCCCCCUUUUGCCCUUUUCCACCACAUUUUGACUGCCAGCAGCUGUGUGCCACAUUCAGGAGUGGGGAAGAAGAAGUUCCCUUUAGUUGCCUAGUGGCCAUGAGGUUGCCAGCCUCAUAUUAGGCAAGGCCAGACUGAUACUGCCAUAGCUUUUGGUUCUGACUCCCGUGUGAAAGCCCCUUGUUUGUGAUUUUCUGUAGGAGAGGAAGCUUCGCCUGGUCCCUUAGAACUGAAGCUGUGUCCUGGUGGUGGGUGGCAGCCCUGCAUGGGGCAAGGGACCCUUCCCUUCCCACAGACAGCCAAAAGGGUCUGCCUUCUGGUACAGCCAGCUGCUCAAAUCACACCCGGCUCUUCUGAGGUUCCCAAAGGUGAUUGGACUCCAACUCCCAUCAUCAGCAAUGGGUGAGGAUGAUGGGAGUUGUAGUCCAACGCUCUCUGGGCACCCUUGGACCGAAGACGGCUGCUUCAAGCAUGUUUCAGAUGAAAUGCCCGUCAGGAGGCCGGUGGUCCUGGAAGUUUCUCCCCGAGACCACAGUUUUCUCUUGAUUUCUAGCUGCUCUCAAGUCAAAAAGGGGGUGCAGAGCAUCUCUGGCAGCUUCCACCCAGCCGCCUCUGUGUCAUUUGUGGCUUAGUUUUGCUAGCUCUAGCGGAAGUCUGAGGUUCCACUUCCUCUUUCCAGCAGUGCUCCGUUUUGCUGCGGUGUCUCAGCAACCGGUUGGCUCAGCCCCUUCUCUCUCUCUCUCCCUAUAUCUCUGCCUACAUAUGCAGAGUGUUGCAUCGCUCUCAAUGAAUGCCACAGGUUGCUUUCUCAAUCUGCUCUGCUAGCGGCAAUGGGGCCGGGGGUAAUGGCAGCAUGUGGCGUUCUGCACCCCAGAAAGCAGCGAGAGGCGGGCUGGUGGGAGGGGAGCUCAGCUGCAAGGUGAAAAAGGAAGUUAUAAGUAGUCCUGGCUGCAUCUGUUUAGGAGGAGGUUGGGCUUUCCAUCGUACCAAGAGGUAGGAUUUUGGAUCUGGGUAAGGACUGAGUGAGAGCAAGUUGGGGGGGGGGCGAGGUUGUGGUUUCAUAGAGGGUGCCAGUGUCUGGAGGUGGCAGCGUGGCACACCGCAGCUGGUGGGUCGAUUUUGCCCACAUCUGAUAAGCUGACUUUGUUCCUUUGCAGUCACAGCAUCCACUUUUCCUGUGGCUCAGCAAUGUGCCCUCUCAUUGGAGCUGCUAUUUAAAUACAUAUAUAUAUAUAGUACCAUAUGUGUCUUCAACGAAAGGAGGAAAUCCAGUCCCAUCUUAUGUACAUACUUUGAUUUCUUCCACUUGCAAACCCUGUCUGAAGGAAUUGAUUGUUCUUGGCUUCCACGAGGCUGGGUGUUUCGUUUCGUAGCUACGGUGUGGUUUUCCUGUGAUCUGUUUUAAUCUGUGUCUGUGACGGAGUUCUGUCUCUCUGCCUUCCAUGUGCCUGUUGUAUUAUGUAGGUCUCUCUGGCCCUGAUCAGAUUAAAAGCUAUGGAUUUC